AGAGGAGUGUGAUAGAGAAAGACAGAGAGAGAGUGAGCGAGCGAGUGCGAGCGAGCGUUCGCGAGAGGAGCGGAGGAGAGAGGCAGAAAAAAAUAUAAGAAAUUCUAUACAUCAGAGGAAUGUUUUGCGGCGGUAGCGGCGAUGACGACGAUCUAACGGACGGUGAGGUAUAGGAGCCCAGCUAUGUACCCUAGCUAUUAUGCCGCUAUAAAACUAAACAAUAAAUCGGGCACCGUCAUUGUGACUUCACGACGGAUCGCGACGACGGCGACGGCGACGAUCGGGAUUCAUCGGCGAUCAAGGGACAUGAAGCAUUAAGCGUCAUGUUGGCGUCUGGAUGCUGGCGUAGUUGGUAGUGCCAUUCUGCCACUGGUUAACUACCAGCCGGGCACAUACUCCAAUCACAUUUCCUAAAUCACUUUGUACCCCAGUUCACUGUGUCGCGACACAGUGCCUGUUAUCCCUGUGCACCAUGAGGCUCCCCAGGUCACGACCACCUUUUCCUGUUUCACCCCCAGUACCUCCUCCUCCACGGUUGUCGCUGUUUUCCAAAUGCCUCGGGUCCGUAUCAUCGCUGCCAAUUGCUGCGUGGCUUUUAGUCACUAUAGCGGCUGCUGCUAUGGACGCACCGGCCAGUCCUGUCCCCCUUUCACCAGAAAAAACCUCCUCCCACAUCGUUGCUCAGUUUCCUUCUCUGGGCAACUUGAGAUCCAAUUUCUCUCCCUUAGUUCUUAACACCACUAGAGAAGGUGCCCUUAAGUUUAACCACCUUACCACUGAUCCCAUCACCAACAGGCUAUACGCUGGUGCUGUUAACAGACUCAUGCAGUUAGACUCGGAUCUACAAUUAGAGGCGAUUGUUUCAACUGGUCCAAGGAUGGACAAUCCGCAGUGUCAUGCCAGUGGUUGUACAUCAAAGGAGAUAACUACUUCUUUGAUGGAUAAUGUGAACAAGGUGUUAGUAGCUGACCUUGAUUCUCGUACCCUCAUCGUCUGUGGUUCCCUGCUUCAGGGAGCUUGCGAAAAGUACAAAAUGAGCAACAUAUCCCUGAAACCAGAAUUCAUUCUGACCAGCGUGGCUGCAAACGAUGACAAUUCAUCAACGUACGCCUUUGUUGGCCCUGAGAAAUACAACCCCUGGGGUAGAACAAACAUUUUAUACGUCGGCACGACAUUCACAAACAACGGAGACUACCGGCAUGACGUUCCUGCCAUUUCAAGUAGAAAACUAUUCACCCUGGAGUUUGCUGAGUAUACUUUCAACAAGCAGUCUAUUUUACACAUCGACGUGAAAUAUCGUGAUCAUUUCUUAGUCAAAUACGUUUACGGCUUUAAUGCCAGCGAUUACGCGUACUUUGUACUUGUUCAAAAGCAGUCGCAUCUACCGGAGCAAGAGGAACUUGGCUAUGUUUCUCGACUCGCCCGCAGCUGCAUUAGCGAUCCAAAUUACGAUAGCUAUACGGAAGUCACCCUUCAGUGUACCGUUGACACUGGUGACGGAAGACAACACAUUUACAAUUUAGUACAAGAUGCCAAGGUUGCUCCAGCUGGUAGCGAUCUGGCAAUGCAGCUUGGGAUUUCUAUUGGAGAUCCGGUCUUUGUGUCGGUAUUUUCCCCAAGCAAAGGCAUUACCAGCGAACCUCUACCUCGAUCCGCUGUAUGCGUUUACAGUUUGCAAGACAUAGAAAUGAAGUUCAAUGAGAAUAUACACAUGUGUUUCAAUGGGAGCAUCAAGUACAGGAACAUGGGAUAUGUCAGUGGUCCUAUCCAAGAUGGAAAGUGUCCAACGGCAGGAACAACGGGGAAUAUUUUAAAUUUUUGUGAAGUUGGACUCAAGAUUUCUGGUGUCUCUCCAAUAGUUGCUCAGGCCGUGCUACACUUUUAUAACACAUCUGUGUCUGCUGUUACUAUAGCAAACACAGAAAGUCACACGGUCGCGUUUUUAGGAACAACUGACGGAGUUUUGAAAAAGGUUUUGCUAUCAGGAGCCGAGGCAGCUGUUUACGAAAGCAUUGUUGUUGAUAAGGGACAAAAACUACUGCCUGAUACUACAAUCUCAUCUAAUGGAAAAUAUCUUUACGUACUAUCCACCUCGAAGAUCAUCAAAGUCAAAGUAGAGCAUUGUAGCAGCUACACCAACUGCAGUAGCUGUCUGGAUGCCAAAGAUCCAUAUUGCGGUUGGUGUUCGUUGGAAAAAAAGUGUACGGUAAGAGGUGAUUGCCAGAAAGCUAGCCACAGCAGUCCUCGAUGGUUGUCAUUGGGUACAGGACAGCAGUGCAUAGAUUUCGAGCAAGUGCUGCCAGACAGAAUACCCAUAAAUCAGAUAACAACUGUGAGGUUGACGAUCAGAACCUUGCCAGAGCUUCCGACAGGUGCUAAGUACAAAUGCGUCUUUGGAAAUGCUGAGCCGAUCGAUGCUCAGAUGACUCGUUUUGGAUUGUCCUGUCCAACUCCGCCUGUGUUAGGCAGACCUAGCAUCGCCGAAGAUACUGAUCAUGUAUUGGUACCCCUGUCUGUCCGUUCAAGCGAAAUUAACAAGGAUUUUGUAUCACGCAAUUUUGCCUACUACGACUGCUCCAGGCACACCAUGUGCUCGGAAUGCGUCAGAGCUCAGUGGGCUUGCAGCUGGUGUGUGUAUGAGAACAAAUGCACUCACAACACCACGUGCUGCCAAGGCAAUGUCAUCUCGGGAGAAAAUAACCCAUCGCAUCUAGCGACGCACGGAGUUCAAUAUUGUCCACGAUUUGCAAGGAGGGAUGAACCAUUGAUGCUUCCAAACAAUGUGCCGAAGGAAAUAGUUCUUGAGGUUGAAAACCUACCACAUCCGCAAGUCGGGCAUACAGGCUUCCAGUGUAUCGUUACAAUCGAAGGUGCAAAUCUCAGGGUUCAAGCGCGCGUCGACAGCAACCGCUUUAUCGUAUGCGACAAAACUGUUUAUUCCUACGAGGCAAUAUCGGGCAAAUAUGAAGCUGCAGUUACUGUUGUCUGGAACACGAACCAUCACGUCGAUCAGACCACAGUGGUUCUUUACAAGUGCGAAGUCCUUGGUUCCCACAGAGAGCACGCGGAUUGUUCCCUCUGCGUUACCAGAGACCCACAAUACGAGUGCACCUGGUGUGAAAACAGCUGCGUCUACAGACACUCUUGCCUCUAUUCACCCUUCUUGGAGUGUCCUAAGCCAAGAAUCGACAUGAUAAAGCCUCUCAGUGGUCCGAUCGAAGGCGGUACAUUGGUCACUAUAGAAGGAAGCAACUUGGGACUCAAGGAAAGCGACGUGGAGGGAAAAAUACAUAUUGGCGAUACACCCUGCGCUCUAGAGGACUAUGAGGUUUCUGUAAAAAUAGUUUGCCGUACUGGUCCUAGUCCUCAUGAGGCUACGGCCUCAGUCGUCGUCGGUAACGAUGCCGGGUACACGGAGAGUGCUGUACUUUUUAAUUACAAAGACAUCCAGUUGACCGGUGUGUAUCCCUCGAUUGGACCGCAGAGCGGAGGGACGCAGUUGGCUAUUUCUGGGAUGUAUCUCAAUAUUGGGAGUACGAUUUCGGCAUUUUUGGACGAACUCCCGUGUCAGGUGAAUGCCACUCAAGCUAGUAGUACUCGGCUUACUUGUGUGACUAGCAAGUCUGGACGGGUGCGGCGAAUAAGACGGCUCACGUUGAGCAUUGACGGCGCGAAUCGUACUCUGGACAGUAAUCCGUACAACUAUACGCACGAUCCUACGAUAAUGGAGAUAAAACCACUGAGAAGCUUUGCUUCGGGUGGGAGAAUGAUCACCGUACACGGCACUAAUCUGGAUACAAUACAAAAACCGGAGAUGGAGGUUUAUCUUGAGAACGAUCCAGUGCCGAUUAACAAAACUAUUUGCACGGUGUUGAAUCCUACCCAAAUGGAAUGCCCAAGUCCCUGCAUAGCUGAGAAGUUCAAAGUGAAACAGCGCGUCAAACGAUCUCUCCAUAAACAUGGAUCUCAAGUUCUAAAGGAAUCUCAAUUAGCUUUAAGAAUAGGUUUUGUUAUGGACAACGUCGAAACCGUAAGAGACCUGGAAAAGCACUUUCAAAGCUUGAGGAAUCAGCUGCUAUAUGUUGAGGAUCCAAAGUUCUUCCCAUUUCCAAAUAGCGUGAAACUCUACAAAGGAGAUACACUCGUCAUAGAAGGUGAAAACUUGAAUCACGCAAGCGACGAGUCUGACGUUAAUGUUACCGUUGGUACCAUGCCAUGCAACGUGACAUCCCUGGCUUUAACGCAGCUCGUUUGCACUCCGCCUGAUCAGCAGCCAACUGACACUGACGAGCUUGGAAUCAAAAUGGAAGAUGGUCUGCCUUUGGUCGUCGUUCGUGUCGGGCAAAGUUUGAGGUUUCCCAUUGGAUACCUCCGGUAUGACGUUAUCAAAUCGUACCCAUUUCCACCGGAAGCUAUCGCAGGAAUUGCAGCUGGUACUUUUGGACUGGUUUUUCUCUUCGUUGUAGUUCUCGUUUUGUACAGAAGAAAAAGCACGCAGGCUGAGCGAGAAUACAAACGGAUUCAGAUACAGAUGGAUACUUUGGAAAGCAACGUUCGCAUGGAAUGCAAGCAGGCUUUUGCAGAGCUUCAAACGGACAUGACCGAUCUUACUGCGGACCUUGAAUCGUCAGGCAUACCAACCUUGGACCACAAAAAUUACAUCAUGAAGGUCUUUUUUCCUGGCGUUAUCGAUCAUCCCAUACUGAACGAUCCAAGACCACGGAACAACAUACCGAGAACAAAUUAUGAUGCUGCUAUGCUGCAGUUUGAGCAGCUGAUAAACAACAAGUGUUUUAUACUAACAUUUAUCGAUACUCUGGAAGCACAGAAGUCCUUCAACAUCAGGGACAAGGUAAAUGUUGCCUCGCUUCUGAUGGUCGUUCUUAUGGGGAAAAUGGAGUAUGCAACUGACAUCUUGAUGAAUCUCUUGCUUCGUCUAAUUGAUAAAUCUGUCGGUACAAAGUACCCUCAGCUGAUGUUGAGAAGAACGGAAUCUGUUGUUGAGAAGAUGCUCACCAACUGGAUGGCGCUUUGCAUGUAUAACUACCUCAAAGAUUACGCCGGUUCGUCGCUUUUCCUACUCUUCAAGGCAAUAAAACAUCAGAUCGAGAAAGGACCAGUCGAUGUUAUAACUCACGAUGCAAGGUAUUCUCUGUCCGAGGAAAGACUGUUGCGUGAACAGAUAGAACAUGGCGUUGUUACAUUGCACGUAGUUCAGGAUGACCUUGAUGAGAAAAUACAGUGCAAAGUGCUUGACUGCGAUACGAUAAACCAAGUGAAAUCAAAGAUAUUAGACGCCUUGUAUAAAAACACACCAUUUUCAGCACGACCGUCCAUUCAUGAGGUUGAUCUUGAGUGGCGACACGGCCGUGGAGGACAUCUCACUUUGCAGGAUGAAGAUCUGACAACUAAGUGUAACGAGGAAUGGAAGAAAAUAAACACGCUGGCUCACUACGGGGUGAAAGAGUCGGCGGUGAUGUCGUUGAUACCCAGACAAAACGACGGCUUUUCUGUGAGCUGUAAACCACCGUGUCAUAACUGCAAGCCAUCGCAUCAUCACAGCAAUCAUUGCUCGUCGGGUCAUCUCUCUUCCACUCCCAACCAUGCCAUGCUCAGUCCUAUAUCCUACUCUCAUUCUCCGGGGGGGAUUUAUUUCAAUUCUCAACACUCUCCUCCCGUUAUAACAGCCAACGGAGACAUCGAAAGUGGUCACGGGGGCAACCAGAGACUGUAUCAUCUUGUCAGACCGGUAGAGGAAGGGCAUUAUCCUCCAGGAAUGGGAACUACAGGGGGCAAACAUCACCCUCCUGAAAGGACCCACAAAGCUAUCCCAGAGAUAUUUCUCACCAGAUUGCUCUCGACCAAGGGAACAGUGCAAAAGUUUGUCGACGAUUUUUUGAACACUAUUUUAACUGCCAACGAAGCAUUGCCCAGUGCCGUCAAGUGGCUCUUUGACCUGUUGGACGAGGCGGCAAAGAGACACGGACUGACUGACCCCGAAGUGCCUCAUGCCUGGAAAUCGAACAGCCUGCCGCUGAGGUUCUGGGUGAAUUUCAUCAAGAAUCCUGAUUUCAUGUUUGACAUAAACAAAACAACCACCGUCGACUCGAGUCUUUCUGUAAUCGCGCAGACGUUCAUGGAUUCGUGCUCAACCACCGAGCACAGGCUGGGAAAAGACUCACCGUCCAAUAAACUUCUCUUUGCCAAGGAUAUACCGCACUAUAGGGAAAAAGUCGGAAGGUUUUACAGUGACGUGCAAAGACUGCCACUGAUUACCGAUCAGGAGAUGUCCAGUGCUAUGCAACAGCUCAGCGCCGCUCAUGCCAAUGAGUUUGAUGUUAUCGCCGCACUCAAAGAGCUCUAUAUUUAUGUCAGCAAAUAUUACGAACAAAUCCUAGAGGCCUUGGAAACCGAUGCGGGCUGUCGCAAGCUGCAUCUUGCGCACAGGUUGGAGAACGUGGCAUGUACGCUUGAAGGAGAAGAAACUAGCGCCUGCUGACACAACCUGGCUCUUUCUGCUCUAGGACCCGACGACCUCCUCAUGAAUACUGACUAGUGCCUCGACUAAAUCAGCUUCAGAGAUGCCAUAAAUUGCGUGGAAACGUUAAUGCUAUGGUACAGAGACUGUAGACUAUCAAUAAGUCAACGAAAGCCAUAAUAUGCAGUGUUGGAAAUGUGGGAAAAGAUACGAGAGAAAUGAAAGAAAAAAAAACUAGGAAUAAGUUGAGGAAGAAGAAUAAUUUGAAUAUGCGCAACUUCGCAUCUAAUGUAUCUCCGCAUUUCUCAUAUAUACAUAUAAGUAUACUACACGCCGCUGCAGAACCAGUGAGAUUUUAGUGGAUCGUUUUUUAUUUUCGAUAUUCCCGGUGAUGAUAUUGAUGAUUAAAAUGGUGAUGUGACAAAGUCGUUGAGAUUGGAACGCCAAGAAGUAUUAGAAAAGACUAAAUAAUGUCGGUUAAAAAUUUCUCUAAGGUGUAGGGACAACUUACUUAAUCUUUAAGGUAAAAACGGCAAGUUGGGCAAGAAUUCGUAGAUCAAGUCCAAUCAAGGAUUAGCAACUGUUCUAAAUGAUGAUGGACUGUUGUUAUUAAUUUGGACGAUGGUGUGCGAGGAGUCAUUUGUGGUUUAAAUACUGACUGAAGACCUGAUGAUCCAAGAACAUUGAAUUCUCAAAAAUUCAUGACAUACCUUCUCGGAUAGUAGCAAGCUAGCCAGAGGGAUUUUAGGAACUAUACGUACCUACUACAUGUACCUUCACAUGUUGAUACAGCAUUUACGGAAAGUGAUACUCUCAUGCUCUUCUACUUAAAAUAAAUAAAUUAUAAAAAAUACAAAGAUAAAACCACAAUAAUGGAAGCUAAUGGAAGCACAUACUAAAAUAAUUUCUUUUCUGUGCUACCUUCGUCAACAACUCUACUACUUUGUAGUUUUUGACGAGAGGUAGUACAGAAAAUACGAUUUGUGGGAUGCGCGCAUAUGUGAGUUUCGCACUCUUCAUGAAAUCCAAAUCUUAUGCACACUUGUCACGAAAAUAAUGAUUACGACUUAAGAAGCUUAAGUGGUUAAGCUGCGUGGUUCUAUUCCAAUGAAUCUCUUAAAUAAAAAUAAAAAAAUGUAGCUAAGCCCGCUGUGAAUUCAUGUGAAACGGUCGUGCGUAGGUAUAUACGACCCGUUUAAUAAGGUGAAGAAACCUGGCGAGAAACAGAUCUGAAAAAAAAAAUUAUUAUAUUGCGAAUUAAGGAUAUUGACAUAGGAUUAAUGAAUAAGCGUUAUUAAGAGCAGCUCAGUCUACUCUAGGCCUAGCUACGUACAUGGAUUACGUAAUUUUUUUUAUCAUUUACUUCGUUACUUUUUUUUUUAUAUAUAUUGUUUUCUUUAAUUAUUAUUAUUUAGUUUAUACUCUAUACAGUAAUAAUGAUGAUGAUGAUGAUGAUGAUAUUGAAGAAGGAUAAAAAGAGUAACAGCCAAGGUUGUUAUGAAAUAAUACUGUAAUAACGGACUUGUGAAAUAUCUAUUAUCAAUUAUUAUGAUUAUUAUCGGGAAUUAUUAUUAAUCUUCUAUAUAAAUAAUUAUUGAUAUUAUUAAUUAUUAGUGAUUAUUGAUGAUCGUUAAGAACAAUAUUAUAUAUAUUGGUAUAUAUAUAUGUAUAUCGCGAUCUAAAGUACGUUUUAUACAAUUGUGUCAGGCUGAGGUGCCUGAAUAGGUUCUGAUCGAAUUGAAAUUUUAUACACGGUGAUACACAUGGCCAUCCAAACCGAGGCGCACGUCUUUAAUACUGCGAAAUUAUUCGAAAUAUUGGCGCAUUGAAGACACGUGUCGUUAGUAGUGAUAAUAUGUUAUACCUUACUGCAAUAUUUCUUUAAUACAUUUGCGGAUUUUUUUUUUUUUCUUUUCAUCUUUUACAAUUGUUUUUUUUUUUUUCUACAUAUAUUUUUAUGAGACUGGCGAAUCGUUUUUAUAUUUCGCAAAUUUUUGACUGGAAAUCGCGUCUUGGCAAGAGUUAACUCAGCGCGCACUGCCAUGGCUCUCUAUGCGCUUCUAUAAACUAUCGAAUUGAUCUAAUUAGUAUUGAUUAGGUCCGUUAUGUCUGUUUGAUCUAUAAGUAUGAAUUAUUAACUAAUGUGGUCCGGGAAGGCAGGGAGUUUGGGACCUUGCUCAGCCCUGUACUUAAGUAAUACACAAAUCUCUCUAUCUUAUCCUUUCUUUCUAUUUUGCGCCUUUUUUUGUCUCCAGGCUCUCGCCCCCCCCCCCCCCCCCCCCUCCGGCCACAAACAUAUGUAUCUCUCUCUCUCUCUAUGUAUUGUAUUUAUUUAUACCUAUGAAUGAGCUAGUACUUUAAGAACGUACGUCGUUAAUAGUGCAGCUACAUUUGACAUUAUGUCAUUAAGUUUAUUAUAAUUGUGACGAUUGCAAACAUUGUCAUGCUUGGAGUUUCGUCUUAUGUGUAUAUUUUUAUUUUUAUUUUUUACUUUUCUACAUGUUAUCUACACCGGCUCACGCUAUCGUUAUUCAAAGGAAUCGGUUGAAUUGCAUUAUUGGACAGUGAUAUUUUGCAGCAGCAUGUGCGAGCAACGUACGUGUUUACUCGAAAAGUGAAAAAUAAAACACGUUACGCGCACACAUAAUAAUCGGCUACGUAGUGGGUGGAUCACAGAUACGAACGGACGACAGACUCACCGAAGACAAUUACUUUAGUGCGCGAAUGCGUGCAAAUAACCACAAGGAAUUAAAAUUUUUUGAAAGUACCCCAAGAGCAUAUUCCGGCUUCAAUAUAUCCAAUGUGAUCACUUUGAAACUUUCAUGUUAGUCCAUCAUCUCCGUUACAGUGUACUUUUUCAGCUUGUGUUAUACGAGAAGAAACUAAAAAACAGACUAACAACAUUUGUGUACGAAAUGAUGAUUUUAACUUAUUUAUGAUUGUAGCUGUUUAGAUGAAAGAAAGGAAAAGAUGAAACGAUUCAGAAAACAAUAACGCCAAUUACAGCUUUGUUCAUAUUGAUAUAAUAUAAAGUAAAAUUAAAAAUUAAAAUAAAAAGGUAUAUAGAUACAUUAAUAUAGACAUUCUGAAGUCGCGUACGUACAUUUUUUAUACAAAUGUGCCAAUUGUUUCUGUUAUAAUUUUCAUAUAAGUUGUGCACAACAAACGCGAACAUAGGUUUUACAGCUGAUAUAUACAUACAAUAUACAUAUAUCUCAAAUAUUUAUAAAUUUUGUACAGAUGGUAACGAAAAUUAAAACUUUUCACCAAUCAAUAUUCACUUAUUGCUGCGCGCUUGAAAUCACUUAAGUCACCAUAUUGGAUUAGCAUUAAAUAGGAACAUACUCUGUACGGGUACUUGGAAAUACUUUAGGUAUUGUUGGGUAAUAUGAGUAGGCACACCACUUUGAUAUAGGAAGCGAACAUAUUUUAUUAUUAGAUUACGAAAUAUGUAUAUAUGUGUGUGCAUGCUAAUAUAUCCCCAUGACACCCCUGUACAUAAUAACCAAAAAUCCCGCACCUACUAGGUUCUAAGUGACGCUCGGAAAAAAAAUGAGAUAAAAAAAAACAAAUUAUGAACAAACAAACGAAAACGACUCUUGCCAAAUUUUCAAUGGGACGUAGGGACAAACAUUUGAGAAA